AUGUUUGAAGCACCUCUUCCCGUUACUCUUCCUCCUACCACCGACUACCACCACGCUGAUCCUGUCCGCACCCACGACGCUACGCCCACCCAGAUCCUCCAGAACCAGUCUUCUUCCGACAACAAGCCCGUCAGCAACAAGUCUGCCCAGAGCAACUCUUUGCCCACCAUGUCCAACAUUCCCUCCGAGCCCGAGUUUGAACAGGCUUACAAUGAGCUCGUCAGCACUCUCGAGAACAGCUCCCUCUUCCAGAAGCAUCCCGAGUACAGAACCGCCCUCGAGGUUGUCUCCAUCCCCGAGCGUGUCAUUCAGUUCCGCGUCGUCUGGGAGGAUGACAAGGGCAAGGUCCGCGUCAACCGUGGUUACCGUGUCCAGUUCAACUCGGCUCUGGGCCCCUACAAGGGUGGUCUGCGAUUCCAUCCUACCGUAAACCUGUCCAUUCUCAAAUUCCUUGGCUUUGAGCAAAUCUUCAAGAAUGCUCUCACUGGACUCAACAUGGGCGGUGGCAAAGGUGGUGCCGACUUUGACCCCAAGGGCAAGAGCGACGGCGAGAUUCGCCGCUUCUGCCAGGCCUUUAUGCGCGAGCUUUCCAAGCACAUUGGUGCCGACACCGACGUCCCCGCUGGUGACAUUGGUGUGACCGGCCGCGAGAUUGGCUUCAUGUUUGGUGCCUACCGACAGGCGCGCAACAAGUGGGAGGGCGUGCUGACCGGCAAGGGCCUUGACUGGGGUGGCAGCCUGAUCCGCCCCGAGGCCACCGGCUACGGUCUCGUCUACUACGUCGACUAUAUGCUGCAGCACGCUGGUCGCGGCAGCUUCGCCGGCAAGCGCGUCGCCAUUUCGGGCUCCGGUAACGUCGCCCAGUACGCUGCCCUCAAGUGCAUAGAGCUCGGCGCUACCGUCGUCUCCCUUUCCGACUCCAACGGCGCUCUGAUUGCAGAGGGCUCCAAGGGCUUCACUGUCGAACAGAUUGACGAGAUUGCGACCCUCAAGGUCAAGCGCCAGGCUCUGACGGCCUUCAAGGUCUCCUCCGGCUUCAAGUACAUUGAGGGUGCCCGUCCCUGGGUACAUGUUGGCAAGGUUGACGUUGCGCUGCCCUCUGCGACUCAGAACGAGGUCAGCAAGGAAGAGGCCGAGGCCCUCAUCGCCGCCGGCGUCAUUGCCAUCGCCGAGGGCUCCAACAUGGGCUGCACCCAAGAGGCCAUUGACGUUUUCGAGGCUGAGCGCACCUCCAAGGGCGACAAGGCCAUUUGGUAUGCGCCCGGCAAGGCCGCCAACUGCGGCGGUGUCGCCGUCUCUGGUCUGGAGAUGGCCCAGAACAGCCAGCGCCUCACCUGGACCACCGAAGAGGUCGACGAGAAGCUCAAGGGCAUCAUGAAGGCGGCCUUUGACAAUGCCCUCGAGACGGCCGAGAAGUAUGUCACUGCCAAGCAGGGCGAGCUGCCCAGCUUGGUCGCUGGCAGCAACAUUGCCGGCUUUGUCAAGGUUGCCCAGGCCAUGCACGACCAGGGUGACUGGUGGACUCAGUAA